AGGGCCCUCCACGCCUUCUUUUCCCACAAGAUCAGAAGUACAAGCAAACUUGCAUUCCUUUGAUCUGGGAUUGCCCCCUCCCUCUUUUUGGGGUGCGCGUGUGGGGGUUUUGCUAGUGACCCUCCAUGAAAAUGGCUGGUUUGUAGCACUGUUGAAGCCCCGCAGCCGGACAUCAGAUUCUUGCUCUUAAAAUAGAACGGAAGCGAACCUAGCCUCCUGACGCCCUAUAUGGUGUCCACGUUUUAGCCACAGCUGCAGGGAGGUUCAAAUCUGAGAUCUGGAGGAGGGGGCAGUGAUGGGGGUGCAACUGGUGGUCUCCUUGCUCGUGGCCAGCAUCAUGCAGAAAAUGGCACCUCACUGGUCGUUUGCCCGGUGGCUCCUUUGCAACGGAAGCUUGCAUCGCUUCAAGCACCCGUCGGAAGAGGAGCUCUUUGUCCUCGCUGGGAAGCACAAGCUGAAAGGGAAGCGGGAGCGAAGGAUCAAUGGAGUCACAGAGGACAAGCCUUCAUCCGUUCCCAGAGAUAUAGAUCUGCGCCUGGAGAGCAGCCCCAUCACCGCUGUGGACGCUCUGGUCCUGUGCUAUUUCCUGGAAUAUCAGUGGUACGUGGACUUUGCAAUGUAUGCCGCUGUGGUCUACCUCUUCACUGAAGGCUACUACUGCCUGGUGGACCCCCCGAAAGAAGCCAACAUUGGGAUCCUCUGGUGCCUGCUGACAGUCGUCUUCUCCGUCAAAAUCUUUUACAUGGUGAUGCGCCAUUACUUCCGCUCCAAGGAGGGGGGCGAGCGUGCCGUUUGCCUCGCCUUCGCCACCUUCUUCCUCCUGGUUGCCAUGGUGGUCCUCGUCGUCCGCGAAGACUACCUUGAAUUUGGCCUCGACGCAGGGCUGACCAGCGUCACGGACAACCUGGAGGUCUUCUUAAAGGAGCAAGGUUGGGAAUGGACGACCCCCGUGACUAAGCUGACGGUCAAACUGGGCCUGGUGGGCCUCUGCUCUUUCAUCGGCGCCUGCCUGACCUUCCCAGGGCUGCGGCUGGCUCAGACUCAUUUAGAUGCCCUCAAGAUGGCGGCCGACCGGCCAAUGGUCCAGCUGCUCCUCCACGCCAGCUUCCUCGCCCCCGUGAUGGUGUUGCUGAUGUGGGUCAAGCCCAUCUCCCGGGACCUCUUGUUGCACGCCCCCAUGGGCAAACAGACAGUCCAGAUCAUGUCCAACGCCACCUACAAUUCUGUGCGUCUCUGGACCGUUGUGGCCCUGUGCCUCCUCCGCCUAGCCGUCACCCGGCACCAUCUCCAGGCUUACCUGAAUCUUGCUGAGCAAUGGGUGGAUCAAAUGAAGAGGGAGGCUGGCCGGAUUGCUGUGCUGGAGAUCCAGCGGAAGAUCACCAGAAUCUACUGCUACGUAACAGUGGUCAGCUUGCAAUACCUGGCUCCAAUCCUUCUCACCUUGCACUCUACGUUACUCCUCAAAACACUUGGUGAAUACUCUUGGGGGCUGUACCCAGAGCCUGCCCUGACGUCACCAGCUGUGGACACGGUUCCUGUUCGUCAGGAUGCUCCCUCAGACAAGGCAGGAACGGAGGACAUCCGGGCCACCGUGGAGCAAAUCACCGGGGCCCUCGGCGCCUUCAGCACAAUCUUCACCCCUCUCUUCUACCGGGGGCUCCUCUCUUUCUUCACUUGGUGGGUGGCUGCCUGCCAAGUCAUCGCCACCCUCUUUGGCCUCUAUUUCCACCGGCACCUGGCUGCAUCGUAACUGCAAGGAAUGAUCUCCAAGCAUUCUCAGGAUGGGACGGAAGACGGACAGAGCUCCUUUCCUGUGCGCCCUGCAGAAGCUUGGACAUCCCUUGUGGUGCAAUGGUCUGUGGCUGUUGGUCAGCUGCAGUGUGGGGCCUUCUCCAUUAGGAAGGGGUGAGGGCGCUUACUUUCCCUGCCCACUUGUAUUCCUCUGCUGUGCCAUUAAGGAAAAACCCGUUGGUUUGCCCGGAUUUCAACCCUCUUAACACCUGCUGCCAGUUUGAUGUCCUCUAAGAGCCAGUGGUACUUACAAGAGGAUGCAGGUCACCAUUUCUACCCCACGCCUUUGGAUCUUGCACUGUCAGGACACUGUGCGUUGAAAUGGCAUGGGGGAAUUCACAAGAGUAUGGUUACUGACCCGAGAAAUAGGUUACCUGAGCAUCUUGGCUUUCAUUAAAAAAAUUGUAUCAGGUUUCUAGAUCUCAUGGCUGCAAAAAAAUAAUACGCUAUCGACAGGCCCCAGGUUCAGUUCCCCGCAUCUUCAGGUAGGCCUGGGAACGUCCGCUGUCCGAAAUCCUGGAGAGCCACUUCCAGCCAGUGUAGAUGGUGCUGAACUAGAUAGACCAGUGGUCUGUCUUGGUAUAAGGCAGCUUUCUGUUUUCCUAUAACAAGCUUCUAAAUCAGAUGCUGGGGGGGGAUUCUUAAAAGUGUUCAUAUCAGGUUUCUAGAUCUCAUGGUUGUAACAGCAAAAAUGCUUGAAAGCGUUUGUAUCUCAGAAGCCUUGCGCUGCGUACAAAAACUAAAUCCUGCAAAGGUUACAAUGGCAGAAUAAUGAUGCUAAAUUUAGAGGGAAUUUUGCACAACUGCCAGAGGUUGCAAGAUGCUUGUUUUCAUCUAGGUGCAGGGCCAGCAGUUCACUAAGCAAAUCUGGCUGCUUUUAGAGAAGCGGAGACAUGCAGACGUUUGUACAAGGUGGCAAGUGGGGAAAAUAUUGUGGAUAAUUCCAGUUCCUUUUUGUUUUCUUGCCCUUAGACACUUAAUUUUGCAAGCUAAAGAAAUGUAGGUUUUUGGCUUAAUAUUUUCUUCCUCUUCUGCCUCCUUGCAAGCUCAGAAGUCCCCAGACAGUUUGUUUGUCGUUAUUUGGGGGCUUCGAGUGGGGCUGGAAAGCUCAGCAGACAGUACCAGAGAAUAGUUAACAGCUUCAGACACAUGGCAAUUAGUCCUCCCCCAGAGAGACCUGCCUAGACGUGAUCUUUCGGUGGCCAGAGAUGCUGACGGAGCAGUGGCUCAGACCGGAGCAGAUCUCCUGUAAAAAGGGUGCGUGCACAAGCCAGACCUAUUCAGUCUUAAUUGUAAUGAAGCGGUUAGCCAUUCUCUUUGACCCUCCAGGGAGAAAUGAACAAAGCACCACCAUCUGUUCUGUCUGAGAAGAGAUCUGAUGGAUUUAGAAGUCCAGCACUCUGAUGCCUGGAACACCGGCUCGCAAGCAUAGUUUCCCCAUGUUAUUUGUCUGGGCAGAGGGGCAUAAGCACGUUCUUAAAGGUACAGCCAAUGUUAGGAGUGAUUUUGGUUGUUUUGCCCUUGAGAAAGAGCAAUCCCUCCUCUAAAGCACUCUCUCCCUCUCGCCCCCCCCGAUCCAACAAGCAGUGCCAACAUCCAGACCAGGCAGAUAGGGCAGUUUCUGCUGCAAAGUCCUGGCCUUAGAUAGCCAACUAUACUGAAAACAGCUCUGCUCCAGUACCUAUAGCAGGAACUAAGGGGGAUAGUGGGGGGAAGGCAGACAGAAACCACUGUUGUGGGAUUUAAAGAGAGACAACGUACACGCAAAAUAAGAUAAAUCAUCUCUUUUUAUUAUUAAAUAUACAUCCUCUUUUGGCACAGAUCUCUUUACAAGUUAUGUCGCUAUAAACAUUUGGUGUGUAUAUAUAUAUAUGUAUAGAAAUAAAAAGGGCUAUUUGCCAUAUUUAAAAAAAUCCACACGCACGCACACAGUUCAGACUCCUGAUAUACGUUUGACACGUCCGUGUUUGAUUCAAGAGACAGGCAGCAUUUUUACAACAGAUUGUCCCUGUGCAUAGAGCUAUCUGCCUUCCCCACCCCCUAUGCCCCCCCCAAGACA